GUAUAAAACCAGCAUCAGUCUCACACAAACACUCACACACUAUAAACAAGCUUCAGAGACACUUGAGGUCGACUACAGGGCAGCAUGUCUAAUAUUGCAAAGGUUCUUUCUAGGAGGCAGGACAGAGGAGAAGGAGUGGGAACAAACAAGAAUGCGAUUCCCUACAACAAGCAGAACUAUCAGAGCCUGAAGCAGGAAUGUCUGGCAAAAAAAACCCUGUUCUGUGACCCGACCUUCCCUGCUGAAUCCGACUCUCUGGGAUACAACGAACUCGGGCAGCAGUCCAUCAAGACCAGAGGAGUGGAGUGGAAGAGACCCAAGGAGCUGUGCUCAAACCCUGAGUUCAUUGUGGACGGCGCCAAGCGGACGGAUAUCUGCCAGGGAGCUUUAGGUGACUGCUGGUUGCUGGCAGCCAUUGCAUCUCUGACUCUGGAUAAUGAGAUUCUGGAACGUGUAGUUCCACCUGGACAGAGUUUUACGGAGGACUAUGCCGGCAUCUUCCACUUUCAGUUCUGGCAGUAUGGUGAAUGGGUGGACGUGGUCAUUGAUGACCGUUUGCCCACCAGAAAUGGGAAGCUGCUGUUUGUUCACUCCGCCGAGGGCUCUGAGUUUUGGAGCGCUCUGCUGGAGAAGGCCUAUGCAAAGGUAAAUGGCUCAUAUGAAGCUCUGAUAGGAGGUUGGAGCACUGAGGGUUUUGAGGAUUUCACUGGAGGCAUCGCUGAGAAGUAUAAGCUGAGCAAAGCUCCUCCGUACCUGUUUAAGCUCAUGCAGAAAGCACUGACGCUGGGCUCAUUACUGGGCUGCUCCAUUAAGACUACCAGUUCAAAUGAGAAGGAGAAGAAGACGAGUCUGAAGCUGGUGAAGGGUCAUGCCUACUCCGUCACGGCCGCAGAGGAGGUUCACGUCAGAGGCAAUCCAGUUGAACUGGUGCGUAUCAGGAACCCGUGGGGUCGUGUGGAGUGGACAGGUGCUUGGAGUGAUAAUUCCAAAGAAUGGGAUAAUGUCGAACCAGAGGAGAAAGCGAAACUGAAUCAUUCAGCUGAAGAUGGAGAGUUCUGGAUGGCGUAUUCUGACUUCAUACAGCAGUUCUCGAAGUUGGAGAUCUGUAAUCUGACUCCAGACACUCUUUCAAGUGACACUGUGAACCGCUGGAACUACACCCAGUUUGAAGGAAACUGGAGGGUGGGCUCCACCGCAGGGGGCUGCAGGAACAACCCAGCUACAUUCUACUCAAACCCUCAGUUUGUGAUCAAGCUGGAGGAUGCUGAUGAUGAUCCCUAUGAUGGUGAAGAUGGAUGCACGUUCCUUGUGGGUCUUAUGCAGAAAGAUGGUCGUAAAGACAAGCGGUUUGGACAAGACCUGAACACCAUUGGCUUUACUAUCUAUAAGGUUCCAGAUGAGUUAAAGGGUCGCAACAACAUUCAUUUCGGUCCUGAUGUACUGCUGCGUCAGCGGUCCAUUGCAGGAAGCGACGCCUUCACUAGAAUUCGAGGGAUGAGUACACGCUUCAAACAGCCUCCCGGUGAAUACGUCAUCAUCCCCUCCACUUUCGAGCCAAAUCGCAAGGGAAGCUUCAUACUCCGUGUGUUCACAGAGAAAGAGGCUGCUGCCAGGCUAGUUCCGAGUGUGUAAAAAACAUGGGUUUAGAUAGGCUAGUUCUAUUUUUAGACCACAUGGUGGCGAUGUUGCACAGGUUCUGUUUUGUCUACUCUAGAGUUGAUAGUAACACUAAAACAUCUGUUUGCUCUGUGUUUGUGUCUGUGUUUAAAUCAUAACAAAUAAAUCAUAAUUGUUUCUUAAA